AUGCCUAGCCGCCCUGCGAUUGCGCUGACGUAUGGAAAGGAUGGAUUCGAUACUAUUGCUUACCACCUCUACCAUACCAAGUGCGACACAACAGCCGAUAUCACCGACUCUGCCAGGUGCCAGAAAGUACUAGAACACGUUCAGAGGGUUGAGGCGUCGUUGAGGGAGCAGCGCUAUCUGGUCGCUGCAGACUUGUCAACAUGCGCGCUUUGGGGUUUUGGUCACGUAGACCGUCGAAUCUCGCUGGGGAGCCUGGAGCAACAGAUCAGUUCUCUACGGACGGACGACUGUUUCCAUAACCGAGCUACUCAGGGAGAAGUGAAGGCUACCGAGUUCAACAAACUCGGCUACAAAGAUUGGGCUAUAAACAAUGCUGCCAUGUUGAGCGCAUUGCAAGGCGGUUCUCGGUCACACCAAACCGCAAAUGUAAGAAUAGUGCAGGCGAACAACAGCCCGAGCGCACAAAGUUACGGCUCUUCCCUUCAGCAGCAGCUGGAGAGUCUUACUUCCAUUUACGAGUUCUUCACGGCGGCAGUCAUCGGCACGGCGUCCUACUACCUGGCAAGAUACAACCACGUAACACCCUUGAACGCUCGCACCUUCAUUGCAAUUCCGCCCCCGGAUCCUGACCUAGAUGAACAUGCCUAUCGACAUUUUGAGCAUCCCCGGUGGUUAACAGCAUUGCAUGUCCAGCUAACGACUGCGGGAACACUGGUCAUUACAUCCUCCACGGACAUAGAGCACCCGGUCUACCGGCUUGCUGACACUCGCAAAGUCAACUCAACCUUCAAACCGGACAAUAGGCUUGUUCGUAUCGCACCUUCUGGAGCUCUGGUCACGCUGGUAGAGCCAGCACCGCCGAGCACGCUAGGUUACCAUCCGGCUUCCAGUAAGCAGCCUCGAAAGCGGUCAAGAGCGCAACGGCCGGAAGACUGGUCGCAUCACUGGAAGACUGCGGUUAACGCAUGGCUAGAACGGAAAGGCAUCUUCUUAGACGGCACUGAAGAGGAUGAAGAUUGGGUCAGGGUCCGGUUACCGAGUCACGUGCUCCCCUCGGAUACGGACAAUAGCCCUACACCGCAGCUCUCAAACCAACCCGUGCUCUGGCCAGCUUCGCUAUGCUUUUACUACCAUCAAGAAGACGCCCAGUCAAAAUUCCUUGACUCAACAGGAUCCGCACAAGAGAACGGACUUGAAUGGUUCCAGACCUCUCAUCAAACAGGCUUCCAAGAUCCUCUAUCGUUUGCUAAGCAAUGGAUUCUCGGCAAGGCGGAGAGAGAAAAGGCACUUGAAGACCGUGAGAAGGCGGAGGAGGCCGAAGAGGAGGCAGCAAGAGACCAAACCGAGCAGACACAGCUGGAGCCAUCCUCUCCAUUCCAGCCCCGUAGCACAGCGUUGGCCGAUAUCAAGACCGCAAGCGGGGUGUAUCCUACGCCUCCUGAUGGCAUACCUUUCCACGGCCCGGUCGGUCCGGCUUCUGGCGAAGCCUCAACUCCGUUGCAGUUCAACAGAGCCCCGAUCACUCCUGCACAGGAUCACCUGGAUACCGAUCAUGCGAAGGAAUCUAUACAGACUCAGGACCAUGCGUUCGAGCGUCCAAUGAGCUUGGAUCUUCACAGCCCUUCUCACGACCACACAGAUGAUCUGUUCGGCGACAUGGACGACGAUACGUAUGGAGCCAAUGACGUUACUGAUAUGGACUUUGACUUCUUCGACGAUUCUGCCGCUGACAAGGACGAUGCUGCCGCUUUGGACGCUUUGGUUGAACAGGAGCUUGCUGUGGGUGGUGAAUUGGAAAGCACGAAUCAUGCCCAAAUCCAGGACUCCGCAACCGAGAAUGCUGCGUCGUAUGAACAGCUUACGAAUGACAUGCGUUCGCCGUCAGCGCCCGCGCCUGUCAGGACUGGUGUUCCUGCUCCUCCACAAGCCAUCACCGCACAGGAAAAGCCCCUAUUCAUUUCUCGAUCAUCAGGCAUGGUUCCAGGAGCGGCAACGGAAUGCGACUCGAGCAGCAAGACCACGGUCAUGACCAUUACGACCGAGCCGACUCCGCCUCUCAGCCCGCUUGCUGUGAAGCGGAAGCUGUACCCAUCUCCGAAGAUGUUUGAACCUGGCGAAGCGAAGAACCUUGAUGGUGUCACUCGAACUGCUCCGAGACACAGCGCAUUUGAUCCCCUUAAAUUUAACAGGAAACUAAGCCUAUCUGAUGCGAAGUACGGUGCUGAUGGCCGUUUCAGCUUCGCCUCUCCGAAGCAACCAUCUGAUGACCAUGCCACACAGGUUGGACUGGAACAAGAAGGUGCCUCAUUAGGACUCGACGAUUCCCUUAUCCGUCUGCCGGCGAAGCUCAAAACACCUUUAUCAUCUUCAAUCAUACCACGCAUAGAUUCAACCGCCCCGCCAAGCACAACACGCCGUACAAACACUAUUCCUGAUAACGAUGUGUUAGAUGAUUCCGAAAAUGAUUUUACCGACGUCACUAGCGGAAGCUCCUCCGAGGACUCGUCCGAUGAAGACGCUGAGAACUCGAGGGCCGCUCACAUACAUCCACAUACAUCUACCGGUAAGAGGAAACGCGAAGUCCGGCAAGGCAGCGAAUCGUCCGCAUGCUCCUCUCCCGCCAAGAGCGAUAGUAGAACGGAAGGUGCCGACUCAGAACAGAACGCGCAAGCCAUUAGAAACCCCGUCAGAAUUUUGGGCUUCCUUGAACCCGAUGCUGCAGACUGGUCGCUGGCAGGCUUCGUCGCGCCUGCUGUCGCUCCACCAAAGUCGCUUGCCCAGUCUUCGUCAUUCAUGGAUGCGGUCUCACCUAUGAAUCUUUCAACGCCGAUAACAGACAUUCAGCAAGACCGCGUCCUGUUGGGUCCGGCUUUGACUGGCGAAGAUUUGACCCACAUCGCUCAGAUUCUCGCGGACCAGGUCAUUCUCUCAACACUUGAUUUGUUGGAAGAUGAGAAAGCGCGGUUCGCCGACCCAGCCGAAAUUGUGCCUGAAUGCCCUUCAUUUAACCCAAGCGAGUCUGUUGUGGCUGGCAUCAGGAGUGUCUUCAGAGAAGCAGAGUUGCGCGACUUUGGAGAAUAUGCGACACUCAAGGAUGCUGUAUCAGAGAGAACACAGCAAAGCAAGACUCAGCCGAAACCGGUACCGCGGAGGCACGCUUCCUCAUCAAGCCAGCCCGGUGAGGACGAUAACUAUAAAGUUAAAAACAUGAUGCAUUACAUCAGGCCACCUCACAUUCGAGUCUCUCGGGCGGAAGAGACGUGGGAGCUUUCCCCGCCGGCCAUCGCAUUCUGGGACGUCCUUGGGCUUGGACCUGUCUCCGGACAAAAGAACGUGGAAGCAUAUUGCGUCUACCCUCUCAGCGACGAUCUUCAUGAGCCGGCAGAGAACUUUCUGAGUACUAUGAGCCUUGUCUACGAAAGCUGCAGGCUUGGCGCUCACAUCCGCGCUAAUGGGCCCGGCCAGUUGUCUGAAACAGUGAGCGCCGAGAACGGGUUGGUGGCGAUUGAGCUGCAAGAAGAGGCGUCGUUCCAAAGUGUCAUGCGCGCGGUCAAUGAAGUCUUCGAGACGCUCGGUAAAGCUUGGUCUGCUCCAGAUUAUGAUCGUGGCGAGGCAAAGAUCGACGCGAUUGUCAUCUACCUUAUCAACCCAUUCAAGACCUCCCGCGCUUUCUGGAAUCUCUGCAGCGCUUUCUGGACGCUGUUCAAUGUGUAUCGACAGGGGUGUCAAGCGCAGCCAGAGGUUGGACCCAAGCCUGACCUUGUCCUACAAGUCGUGCCGAUCAAGUACAUCGCCUCCUUUCAGGAGCUAAUAGUGCUGGAUCCGAACACGUAUUUCAGGCUAGCCCGUGAAGUGUACGAUCGCUGUCCACCUAGCGCACCGCCCGCCGACCGCUCGUCGCUGAGCAUCUACGGCGCCGCCUCGAUACAGCUGGAAGAGCCGGUGCCGAAGAGCAUUCCCUUCAGACUCCAAGCGGAUCCACCAUCCGAUCUGCUGCACGAGAAUUCGUACAUGCACGUCGGCUAUGCGUGUAGCAUCGAUGACGACUGGAUCACAGUCGCCUGGACGGACAACACCGGAAAGUACCAAGCGACGGUAUCAUACUGUUUGUGGGGCGGGCGAACCUUCGCAGAUAUCGCGCGCGAGAUAUGGGAGGCGACCAUCGAAAUCAUGCAACAAAGACGGGUGACGUGGCGCCUCUGCAUCGCCCGCGCCGGCAUCAUGAGUCGCGAGGAGCUAGACACUUGGAUUGCAAUCGUGCAGUCUCCGUGUCCGCUGUCCGUUGCUAUUGCCAUCCUCGCCGUCGACCCCACCCCGCCCCUUGAACUCACCAUGGACUUCCCCCUCCCGCCUGUGCCAAAGGACACUCCCGCACCCGCCCCACUCUCCGCCUCUACACCCGCAACACCCAAUCAACCAGCUCCCUCGCCCUCCACCGACCUCCCUCACGGCUUCGGUACCCCUGCCGCCACCGCGCCCACCAGCACAGCAACUCCCAGUGAAACCGCACAACCCGCGCCAGAUUCAACCACAGACCCGGACGCCCGCCUCACAGACGCAACCGACGACACCUACGCCGUGAUACUGGGCCACCGCCUCAAUACGCUGCAGUCGCUAACCGACUACCGUCCCGCGCUCGCAUCAGGCUUUUUGGUCAAGCGCGGGGUUGUGGGGAGUGAAGCGGGACGGAACCUGGCACAUGAUUCUGAAGAGCCGCCACGGUGGCCGAGGGGCCCGAUCGCUGUGGGCGUUAAUUUGUUGGUUGUUGGGGAGGUGGGGGGACGGAGGACGCAGGCUGGUGCUGCUGCUGCGACGGCUUCUCAGGACGGGAACGGGGGUGUGAGCACGGCGGAGGCAAGCCAGUGGGCGAGAAGCCCGGAGGCGGUGCUGAAGGACGCGUUGGGGAUUUAUAGGGGAUUGGGACUUUUGGCGAGACUUAGGGGGAUGAGGGGCACGAGGCAUGGGGCUGUACCGUGGCAUGUUGUUGCUGCUACGAGGGGGGUUAAGGGGUUGGAGGGGUGUUGGAGAGGGGUGGGUUGA